GUAAGUUACAGAGAUAUGAGAUGAGAGCACACACAUCCUCAGCACGUACCCAGUGUGCAGGUCAUCUCUUGACUUUCAUGAACUCAGUCGACAUCAGUCUUGUGACGGACCCACACAAUUAUGUCCCCAGAUGUGAUAUGGAAUAAAUCAUUUAAAAUGUACCGGAAAAUAAUAUUAUUUAUUAUAAUCAUAACAAUAUCAGCAACAUCCGGUGAUAAUAUAUUUAAAACCGGGAAGAAAUACGAGUAUUCAUAUUUUGCAGAAUCUAAUUCUGGUGUAUUAUCGCCGUCUAAAGCUGCAUCAUCAUGGGGUAUGCAGGGUAAAUUUGUUGUUAAAACAUCAAAUAGUAUUGCGGAAAUGCAGCUGACUGAUUUAAAAAGUUUUAUAUGGAAUGGAGAAUAUGUUGAGGAACCAAAUCUUGUUGAGGUCAAAGAUCAAGCUGCGGAUCUUUUAAAGCCCUUUCAGAUAAUCUAUUCCAACGGAACAGUUACAAAUUUUAGUGUUGAAAUCGAGCCUAUUUGGGCGAUAAAUAUUCAACGAAGUAUUGCUAGUAUUUUUCAAUUUGAUUUAAAUAUUUUACAGAAGGAAGUUGCGUUUCAUUCACAAGAAGACUCACAUUAUGGGAGAUGUAACAUUGAAAAUAUUGUGACUAUUGAAUCAGAUAAUGAAUUAUGGAUAAGAAAAUAUUUUGAUCCCCGUACUUGUACCGGUCAUCCGCAUUGGACAUGGACUAAUGUACCCCGUAUGCAAUGUCCGACUGGAGAUGAAAGUCCAAUUAUAAAAUCAAGCGAACGAUUAUACAAAGUAAAAUUGGAUGGUAAUGACACUGAAAUAACAUUCAUAAACGCGACGGGCGGAAUUUACGUUCAGCCGUUUAAAAAUAUGUACGAGUCACAAUUUUUAUUUACAAGACAAAUUUUUAAACUGAUUGACGUUACGGAUUUUAAUGGCGAUUUAUCAAAUGGUAAAUUACGUCAAGUCAGUUUACAACAUGAACUUCCUGAUAAUGAUUUAUCACAGGAAAGAUUUACCCAUGAGAAAGAACACAUUUUUAAAUCAAUCUCCAUAUUACUAGAUCGCCUGAGUCAACGCUUAGAGAAUCCAGGCUUGGAUACUGAAAUAAAUAAUUUGCACAACACAACAAUAUCAAUACUACUUUACUAUUUCAGCAAAUUCGAUCGAAUUGAUUUACAGACAGCGUAUAAUAACAUUUCCGGUACAAGUUACAAAGAAGAAACAAUUAGAAACAUGUUUCUUGAACUGGUACCGCAAAUAGGUACCAGGGACUCGGCAUUAUUUGUAAUGGACUUAAUUCAGCAGAAAAAAGUGUCCGACAUCACAGCAAUGCAGCUUUUGACCCAACUUCCAUUUCAUAUUCGCAAACCGGAUGUUGAGUUUUUAGAUAAAAUGAAGACUUUGAUUGAUUUGCCGGAGAAAUUGUCCACGGAAGUGCGGAACACGGGGAUACUGACAUUUGGGACGUUGAUUUAUAAAACCUGUUUGGUUUACUGUCCUGACGAAGUACUUGAUGACUACGUGAGACUUUACAUGGACAAAUUUACGGAGAGCGAUAGCUAUGAUAGGAAAAUGAUUUGGCUUGAGGGACUCGCUAAUAUACAGCUGGGUAAAGUCGUUGAAUUUUUGGAGCCAAUCGCUACUGGGAAUAAUGAGGAGUCACGUCAUCUGCGGGUGUUAGCAGCUUGGGCAUCGUUGCCUACUGCGCCUUAUAGGCCCGACAUUAUUUAUCGAGCUUACUGGCCAAUACUCGCCAAUCGUACGGAAUAUCUAGAAAUGCGCAUCGCAGCAUUGCAAUUAUUAAUUGAAUCAAACCCGACAUCGAAUCGCAUAAUUUCACUUUAUUGGUACAUGCAAGGCGAAUCUGAUUUACAUUUAGUUAAUUAUUUUUACACGACAUUGAAAUCUAUGGAGAGAACAAAUUUCCCAUGUUACAAACACAUUGGAUCUGUAGCGACACAAUUUUCCCGCAUACUCAAGAAACCAGAAAGUGAUGAGCAUAUUAUUACUGGAAAUUAUAUAUUUGAUUAUCAAGAUAUGAAACGUAACUUUGGGGCAAUGGUACAAAAUAUUAUUAUUGCAAGCCCGCUGUCUAAUAUACCAGAGAUUGCCUACAUUACGUUAAAUAGCCAUGGAAGUGGUACACAUUUCAAUCAAAUUUCCUUACAAAUAAAAGCCACAGGAUUAACUCACUCGUUGUCACAUUACUUGGAAAGUUUUGUGCGUAUAAAAGAUAUUCUCAAAGAAUUUAAAUUAGAUGACAGAUCAUUUGAAUCUCCUCACAUUGAAAUAAUAGCGCGCGUCCAACAAAAAGCUGUCUUAUGUUUACAUUUUAAUAAAACUAAUAUUGACAGCGCUCUUUCAUAUUUAAGAUCAUUACCAGAGAAUACGUUUCAAAUAUAUCAAAAUAUGGAGUUUCAUAUAAAUCAACAACGCAUUAAUAUACCGCUGACGAUGGAAUCUAUUCAAGUAACUGAUUUAGGGACAAAUGUAAGACUUGCCGCCACAGCUAAUUCGUUAUUUUCCAUGAGAGGGAACUUUACUUAUUUAUUCAAUGGGCGCAAUAAUCACGUGAUAUUACGCACAGUUAUUCACGGUACCGAAGUAGUUGAAACUUACAAUCCCUUGAUCGAUGUUUGGCAUUCUGCUGAACGUUCCCAAUCAAUUCAUGGCUACUUACCAACAAAUGUCACCGUUGGACUUCAGGAAAAAUUAUUUUUAUCCUACAAUACACCUACUGAAUAUUUACAAACUGGCAUAACUGCUCAUGCACGAACAGUCACAUCAGUCAGAGGAGUAAAAGCAGCACAAAAAUUGAAAGCCAUUUGUCAGCAUUGCUCGAGUCUGUAUACAGUCAAAAGAUAUCAACAUGAAGAAUUACAAAAUGCGGUUGUUUUUAAUUCAGUUGUACCUGAACUGGGUGGACAACUAGAAGUUAAAGUAUUUGAUUGCGACCGAGAGAUAGCACAAGACGAAUUAUUUAAUGAUAUUUGGUCAUCACACCGGAGUAAUUACCAAACUUGGUCGGGAGCAAAAUUGCUACUUCUGGGCAUCCAUUUCUUGGAUUACUUUAGUUAUGUACCGCCGAGAGGAAGUUGCGGGGUUGCUAUUUAUAUUGAGCCGUCAAAUAUUCAGCCUUCUGAAGUGAAGUUCGAGUUUGCCAAAAGUGGUAAGAAUUUUGUGUUAUCAUUGACAAGAAGCGAGUUGGGCAGUUUAAAAGUUUUGCAACAGUGGAAUUUAGCAGCGCUCUAUGAAUCAAAGACCUGGGUGUCUGAUUCAUUGAAAAUAAAAGCCAGUAGAACUGUACCUGGGGAAAAAGUCAUGAAGAUUUGUGUGGAAAUAGAACGAAUCAUGCCGUGGACGUGGGACUAUUUCAGUUUGAAACCCAGUGACCAAGCGUCAAUAAACUUGAAUAUAAUAUGGGGAUUAUCUGAAACCGCAAAGGGAAAGUGUUCUGGUUCGUCACUGCUAUUAAAUAUGGUCGGCGAAGUCAGUAAAGAUCAAAUAGAAGAGAGCAAAAAGGACAAAUGGCCUUACAAUCAGUGCCGCAAACAAUCAAGCGGAAAAUCUGUCGUUCCCUACACCGAAGCCUGUUAUCAAGCUUCCAGAGAGUUAUCGACGCUGAGAAAAUACCAAGUGUUUGUUAAAUCUGAAAACCUACCAGAAAAAAUGGAGAACUUCAUCUGGAGACUGAGAGCUCUCUAUGAUGUUAUCGGUGGCAACAGCAGUUAUUUAUCUGACGCAGAGAAAUUUGUCAUUGGCGCGACUUUUCCUAAAGACAGCACCAGAGCUGAGAUGCGAGUUAAUCGCAGCAAGUUACCGAUAAAAUAUGAUCCUGAUAUUGUUGAUAUGAUUUUGACACGAACCAGAUUGCACAGAUACAUUGACAAUGCUUUUCUUCGCGCAUUCUUCAGUUUUUGUGUCCUGACACCUGACAUGGUACAGUCAGCUCACAAUGUAACGCGUAAACUGCAGAAAGGUCGUGAAUUUUUGGUACUCGGCCAGUGUUAUGACGAAAAUCCAGGGUUUGCUUUAACGGCGACCAGUUCUGAUGAAGGAGUUACGUUAAAUAUCAACGACGACAGUAAUAAUAUUAAAAUAGUACCAGAUAAUGGUGGUACUGUCUAUAAUUUUACGGACCAAAUCCAACUGACUAGAGAUUUCGAGUGGAAUCUUGUUAACGACAAAAGAUUUAGACUGGAUAAAAAUUCAAUUCACAUUCUCCUGAGCAACAACAUUCCAUUCAUUCAUUUCACAAAAGAUCAAAUUUUAAUUUUCUUCCCAAAUUACAUUCAAGAAUUUACAUGCGGAGUUUGCACCGCAAGAAGAUUCGACAAAUUCGGCUUGUACGACAAAAUAUAA